AUGUCUACAAAUCUCUUCUCAUCCACAAAAGAGGAGGGAAGCUCUGGCUCAGGGCCCAAUUUUAGAUCCAGUAGGAGGAAGAGGCUAAACCGGCUGCUGGAAAGAGAAACUUCAUUUACCGUUUAUCCAGAUCUCCCUAGAACUCCAAUGAACAAAGUUUUUGGUGAUUCUCGAAACUUAAGCAUUUUUUCUGGGUCAUUUGGAUUCAUCAGGACUGCAAGAAAUACAGUUAGUUGGGAUGACAAUAGAAACUUAUUGGAAAAUGAAAUGACAGAUUUGGGCAGUCCCAUUACUAUACUUCCAAAACGGAAUGAAAAUCCAAAACUAGAAUUCCAGAUAGAAGAUAUUUCACAUGAUUUGAUGGAGUUUUCACUGGAAGAUCAAGAAGAUGUCAAGGCAUCUCUGAACAGAAGCUACCUAUAUCGGUCUCCUUCGAUGCCAGAGAAUUUGAACAGGCCAAGACUGAAACAGAUGGUAGAAUUCAAGGACAACCUAAUGCCAGAUCAGGGCUUAGGUCUAAAGAAGACUGUCUCUCUGUGUGACAUUAGUGUUACUCAAAUGAUGGAGGAAGAUUCUAACCAGGGACAUCUGAUUAGUGAUUUCUCCAAGGUAUGUGCACUGCCAACCGUGUCAGGGAAACACCAAGAUCUGAAGUACAUCAACCCAGAAACGGUGGCUGCCAUACUUUUGGGGAAGUACCAGGGUCUGAUUGAGAAGUUUUAUAUCAUUGAUUGCUGCUAUCCAUAUGAGUACCUGGGAGGACAUAUCCAGGGAGCCUUAAACUUAUAUAGUCAGGAAGAACUAUAUAACUUCUUUCUGAAGAAGCCCGUUGUCCCUCUGGACACCCAGAAGAGAAUAAUCAUCGUGUUCCACUGUGAAUUCAGAUUGACAUACGUUCAUUCUUCCAAAGUCAUUGCUCAGCAGCUGUUCUCAGCAAAAGUGUUGGGUGUAUGA